UCGAAGCMCAAAGUGAGUGAACUUGGUCUUCUUUUAUUCUUCUAAACCAAUAUCAAACGAUACUUCUAAUUAAUUGAUGAUGAAUUAGAAUCUAUUGGAGAGAGGAUAUUUUGGAAAGAAGUUGGUUUCAAAUACGGAACUGGCACAGAAUGAGUAGUUCGUAUUGUCAUGCCUACGCAGAGCAAAUGAAGACGAUCUAAAUUUUGUGUUGGACAUCAGCUGUUAUAGAAUCCUGCUACUUAAUUGCUUUCCUAGAGACGCUGUUUAAUUUACUACUACUGCUACUAAUUUACUGCUACUGAGUAAUUUGAGGGAAAAGAUUGCUCAACGCCUUCAACGUAAGUCAAAGGAAUUGGAUCCAUGAAUGUCAGUACUGCUUCAUUCCUUGAAGUUUUGAUUUUAAUGCAGAAUAUUUGACCUCAAGCUUAUUAAAUAUGUGCUAGAGUUCUUUAGAGCACAGACAUUAGCUAUAAUUUGUUUUCGAUAAAGUUUCAAUUACAAACAGUGCUAGUCACAAGGCAGUUUUAGGGUUUGGCGGGCUUUUCAAAUCACUGACAACCGCCAUGACAAUAUCAGACAAGAGUAUUUUAUAUUUAUAACACCAUGGAACCAAAAGAUGACUUUGACGAAGAAAAAACCUAUAACGUUUGCCAAGACUCCGAACUUUCAAAAUCUGGAUCAGAUACGAAAGAGAGCAUCGAAUCUCCAGAGAAAACUGAUGAGGGAAGCGAAGAUAGUUCAUUAUCAAGAAGUAUCUUGCUGAGUGAUGAAGAAGAUGAAGAAGAGACUGGUCUCUCCAGAACAAAAGGUUCAUAUUUUCACGUUCCAUACGGAUUUCAGAGUAUAGGAUGCUACAAGCAUGCUUCAAAGAACUGUGAAAUUGGAGGAGUGACAUUCAAUAACAGAUUCAGACAGUUUGUUAUACUAGACUCAAGAGGUGUUACCAGCUGGUCUUAUGAGAGUGUAUACAGCACAGUUACCAGACAUCUCAAUUACCCAGCAUACCAGUUCAAUGUCUUGAGGAUGAUUAUUUUCUCCAGGAAGUUCAAUGUGUACUUUGCCCUGUCUAAAGAGUAUGCUUUAAAGGUUUUUAAUCUCAAUUUCCAUGAAGUGAUAUCUGUUUCUGCUGAAAUGCACUCUGUUUUAUGUAUGGUGUUUAACCCUGCUAGAAAUGAGCUCAUCACUGGUGGAACUGGAGGAAUGAAGUUCUGGAGAUUUGGUGAGUUGACCAAAGAUAAAAGAAAGUCUUUCAGCAGUGACUCUAGACCCAUGGCAAAUUAUGGACUAGUCUUAAGGGAAUCGUAUCCAAAGAUGGGCGGUAGCUGGGUAAAACAUGUGGAGCUUGAUGUAGCAAUGCAGAGAUUAUAUUGUCUGUCUGAACGAAACGUUGUUGCUUAUGACAUGGUGGGGAAUGAGCUUUUUCAAGUCAAAAAUGCUCACAGGGGUCCAGUGACAGGGUGCGUUUAUUCCAAAUCUUGCAACUUACUGGUAACCACAGGAAAUGAUUGUGAUGUGAAUGUUUGGAGUCGCAGUGGUGGUCUUGUGCAUACAUUUAGCAGUCACACCAAGGUCAUCACCAAGAUCAUGAUACACCCAGAAGCUUCUGGUGUGGUCAUUACGUCAUCAAUGGAUGGGAUGGUCAAAAUGUUUUCUCUGGAUGUCAUGGAAGAGAUCUACAGCCUUCCCGUCUUUCACGAGGGUAUCAACUGGAUGGACUAUGUGUCUCCAAAGAUCCUCUACUGCUGCUCGAACAGGCAGAUUGAGGUGUUCGCUCUAAACCACAUGGUUGAUUUCUGGGCGUUGUCUCGGUGUUGUGUUAGAUCUAUGUCCCUCGUUACGUGUGAUGGGAAGUCAUCUCGAGUGAUGGCUGUUGGUAGCGACAGCAGCGUUCGUCUUCUUUCUCGUGCUGGUAAAACUCUAAGCACAGUUCUUCCUCCUCCCACUAUUUCACCUCUGACCCAAGUGAUUGAUGUAACCUAUAGCAGAGAGUUCAAUAUCAUGUACUUACUUAUUGACAGUCAGGAGAUCUGGGUCUAUUACACAAGAACCAAUCCAGCUACUCGUUUAGAGGCCUGGCAGAUAGACUAUAUAGAAGACAUCCACAGUACUCACUCGACUGACCACCAGUCUAACAGAUCAAGAUCAAGCACGCUCUGGAAUGAUGGACAAAAGUCUCCAAGUUCCAAGCCCGGAAGUCCCCGUCCCACCACCCCAUGGGAUGGAAGUAUUUCACUUUUUCUUGAUCCUGCAUCCAAUACACAACACGAACGUGUAUCACUCACCUGUCUUGGCAUGCUGUACUCUAAUAUAAUUAUAGAAUCCAUCGAAGGGCUGGCUUGUCCUGACGCUACGCAUUUUCUUUUAGCUGGAACUGAGGAUGGAAGAGUUUUAUUUCUUCACAUGUUUUGUAAAGGAAUGAAAUACUCUCAGUUGAAAGUACACAAAGGCAUGAUCCUUGAUGUUGAGUACGAUCAAAUCACACAUACAUUGGUCACCCAGUGUUGCGCUUUAAAUGGAAUCGACGUUCAGUUCUGGUCACUCCCCGACUUGACCCUCAUUCAGCAAAUCACGUGUCAAAGCGACAUCACAUGUCACGUGCGAAUGGAAGAUCUGUUUCUGAGCGGUCAUGAAAGUGGGUACAUUGGCCUUCAUCGCCUCAACCCUGGAACUGAAGAUGUUCCCACAUACCACGGUACAGAGAUGAAAAAAGGGAAACGCCCACAGUCACGUGACCACCAAGGUCCAAUCAACGGCAUCGAUGCAAACAAGUCUCUAGGAAUAUUUUGUAGCUCAAGCACGGACGGGUUUUUACGACUAUGGGAUAAAACAAAAACUUUACUUCGAGAAAUAUCUUUGGAUGGCUCGCUGACAGCUGCUCAUUUUCUAAACAACAGAGGCGAUGUAUUGAUAGGCUUUAAGAAACAUAUUUUCUUAAUUUCACAUACCAAAGUUCUACCUUCAAAAGAAUUGCAAUCGGGGAGUGGCGACAAUGGAUUAGACGAUGCAUUCGAGACGGAAUCUGACAUUUACGAAGAUCCAUCAGUCAGAUAUGAAGGCAAGAAAAUCCUGCAGCCUGAUCCAACCAACAUGGAAAACUAUUUAGUCCCAUUCCCAAAUCUCCAGCUAAAGACGUCGUUCUUUAUGGAGGGCCGGCCUCCGCCUGAUCUACAACAACAAGAUCUACAAGAAAAUUUAGAGUCCAUCAGCUCAAUGUCAGACAACUUAUCCCUCGCUCCAACGGAUAUCUACUACUCACCCUACUCCACUCCAAGAAGCAUGUCAUUAAGUAGUGAUCCUGUUGUUGGGAGAAAAGAUUCCAGGGUUGAGGAAAUAAAGUUCUCUAAUAGUGAUAUAUGGAAGCUGCCGGACUUUGGAGAUUCGCCUGUGUCUUCUCCUCCAAGGACACCUCCUCCAGAACCAACACCUCCUUCUACUCCUCCCCCUGAAGAAUUGACUGACGAAGAAGAACAGGAUGGAAAAGAAGAACAACACGAGCCAGCAAGCAAAGACGCCCCUUCAUGCGAAGAAUGCAAAAAUCCAGUCAAAAUAAAAGAAAAAAAGACUAUUAAUUUUCCCAGUUUCAAGAGAGAGGGCGGUAGACUCUCUAACAUGCGUAUUGAUUCAAAGUCUCUACGUGGAUCUUCGGGUCCUGGAUACGCAGCUCCUGUGGUCCGGCAAAACGCACAAAUACCCGAACCAAAACAGUACAAGCCACGACGCCCGCCCAGAAUCGUAAAGAAAACUAAAAAGACAAAAGACAAACUAGAAGAAAACCAAAACGAACAAACCGAAAAUCCUACAGAAACAAGUGAUCCAAACAACAAUGAAAAUAAUCCAACAGUUAAGGGUUCGGGAACAGAAGAGUUUACUCAAGGAACCGACAGUGAAUCGGUUCCUCCCAACACCAUGAACGAUCUUCACAACAACCAGAAUAUCAAGCAAGGAGAUCUUAAAUCAGUACAAGAUUCGGAUAUUCGCAAUCAAUACUCGAGAACGAGUAGUCAGAAUGUGAUCAUUAGUGCGCAAGAGGCAGCAAGGCAGGAAAAGGGAGCACAAAAAAAUAUGGGACAAGAAACAGAAGGUGCCUCAGACAACAAGACACUCGAAGGAUCCGUGCACGAUGACGGCGAUCAACAGAAAAAAGACAAAACUGAUAACAACAACACUCAGGAUAAUGAAGCGCGCGAAACCCAAGGAGAAGAAAACAUGCUAUACCUUGACGAUGGCAGUGCCAAGAACAAUGAGAACACUAUGGAAGGAGAAGAUGCUAAACCUUCCGAAGACGACCAUAUUCACCAAGAUCUUCAUGAUGGGUUUGCCGACUGGGAUGAUGAUGAAACGCUUCAAGUUGUGUAUAUUGACCCAAAAACAGGCGAAACAAUGGAGGGCAUUUUAGGAGAAGUCCCAGAAGGCGCGAAGAUAAUUGAAAUCAAGGAAGACCCUUACCAUGAUAGUGGAAGAAUUUCUAGUGGAAGACGAUCAAAGCAGAAAAAAAGACAAAAGUCUGUGACUUUCAAUAAUCAAAAAAUUGAGGAUCAAAGAAAAUUCAAAUCGUUUUCAAGACAAAAUGACCAGGAUUUGGAAGGAGAUGCUUCAAGGACCCAAAGAGGAUGGGCUUCUAGAGAUAGGACGUAUGUGGUUCCUUCUGCGGGCACAAAUGCCGAUCUUCAGGAAGACCUUGUGAUUAAGGGACUUCGUGGGGACAGCAGUGUCUCUCCUUUGACUAUAUUCGCUCUCGCUCGAAGUAGAAAAGAAAACGCCGCAAAACAGGCUAGACUUGCGAAAACUGCUCGUUCUCGAGCUGAUCAUCCUUUAUACUCACCCGAUAAAAAUGACAAAAGCAACCAGGUGUACGACGCGCAAACAGACCCUUACAAAGUCCAUGUCAUUUUACCAGCUGAAGAAGAAAUUGCAAGGCUUUCCUCUCAGCUCUCCGCUACUGAAAAGGCGAAGAGUUUGAAGAAGCCGGAAGAUAAUGUCGUGAAGUGGUGCAUAAAUGCAUUGAGAACGUCGCACACACAGGUGUCUAUUCCUGAGAAACCAAGCCGACCUGGAAGCUCUCAAAGUGUUAGUGGUGCUUCUGAUAGCAAGGAGAGGGAGAUUAAGGGAUUAAGGGAGAUUAAGAAAGUUGGAAUCAAGGAAGGUAAAAUCAUUAAAAUAAAACAGGAAGCUAAGGAUGAUAGCUUGGAGCUUACGAGGGAUGCUGAUGGAUUUUAUACAGAUUUCUAUAGAUUUCAAUCUUUAGAUGACAGGCCCGCUUCGUCGCUUGACUUUCCAUCUCUAGAUGUGGACGAUUACUCUGGUAACUGGCAGGAGAUUGUACUCGCAAGAGCGAGACUCCUCAAACAGCAACGCCUUGAACGACAAAAGAGCGCGAAAGAACGACGAACGACUCAACAGAACCAACUGAAAGAAAGAUGGAAAAAGACCAAUCACUUUGAUUGUACAAAAGCGGAAACCGACAAACCCGAGCGUUCAGUUGAGUUCCUCACGUCGUCUGAACUCAUCUUAAACCCUGAGGUAAAACCGACAUUCCAAGAUACAAUGAAACAACUCAAGGAGCAGGAACUGUCGUCAGAUCAGCCAUUUCGUCUUCGUAUCCAGCCACGUCACGGUAGUGCAAGCCUGACACGCCCUGCGCGAUCAAUAAUGGCUGUUAUAGCAAAURAUCAUAACGUGGAGGACAUCGCUAGGGUUAUGCCAAGACCCAAGACGGCUGCAUCUAUACCUAAUAAAUGCAGUCGAUUCGUGUUGGUAUCUGGAGACCCGAAUCCAAAGGCCCCAAACCCAACAAAGAUAGAAAAAAAUCUCAUGAUGACGCGGUUCCCGAAAGAUCGCGCCUCAAAGAAAAACACUAGGCAAAACAGACCCAAACCAACAGCGCGCAAGUCUGUAGAGACCUAGCCUAGCACUGCAAGAUAAGAGAAUAGGGAUUUAUAAUUGUAGAUUUAGAAAUUGUGAAUUUAAAUUGACUUGGAAUUGCCAGGAUGCAUUCAGUAGAUUUUUUAAAUUCAGUUUUUAUGGAUAAAUCAUUUAUAGAAUAUCUAUAUUGAACAAAGACAAUUUUUUUCUAGUUUUUUCUAUGGUUUUCAAAUUAAGGGUUCGGUUGUGAAAGAUCAAGCAUCAUAGCGCAAUAUUAUACCACGAAUACCAACAAUAACAGCGAGAAAUAACAGACACUAAUACCAAAAUUACUCCUACCAUGUUACCUCUACUACCACCAACGACAACGAACAGAUAUCAUACUAUUUAUAUCAACCACUCCACCACUGACAACUGCAAGAGUAACAAAUCAAACUGGGUGAACUCGUGGAUACUGCUCGAUAUAACUGGUAAAUAAUCAUAACUAUUAUAAUUUCCUCAAAUCUGAUUGGUUAAGGAACUACUCUAUUUCUACUAAACAAUUUGGUAGUUGGACACCUGUAAUUGGACAGUUUCCUGGGCCAAUUAUUUUGUUGCUCUUAACUAAAUUCUCCAAUCUAAAUCUAAGGUACGUAUAUUGUUAGUAUAUGAUGCACAAUGUAUUUUAUAUUUUAGAUGAGCAGGCCUAGGGUACAGUGAGUAUUGAAUACCCUGUGCACUCUACAUGUAUUAGAUACGCUGCGCACACCAGGUGUGUUAGAUGUACAGGGUAUGUUGUUAGUAUAAGAUGCAUAAAUGUAUUUGCUGUUUUAGAUGAGCAGGGUACAGUGAGUAUUAAACAUCCUGUGCAUUCUACAUGUAUUAGAUAGGCUGCGCACACCAGGUGUGUUAGAUGCACAGGGUAUAUUUUUAGUAUAUGAURCACGGUGUAUUUGAUAUGUUGGAUAAGCAGGGUACAGUGAGUAUUGAAUACCCUGUGCACUCUACGUGUAUUAGAUACACUGCGCACACCAGUUGUGUUAGAUUAGAUGAGCAGAGUACAGUGAGUAUUAAAUACCCUGUGCACUCUACAUGUAUUAGAUACACUGCGCA